AUGGCGCAGAUACGUGGUACCGCAGGUUACAACCUGGGUCUCAACAACCAGUUCUCCUCCGCUCGAAGCCAGGAUGCUACCGGCGACCCGAGUCCUUUAGACCAGAUCCGAGAACAAACGAGCAAAAUUGAAGACUGGCUGACCAGCGUGGGCGAACCUCUAAAGCCAUAUCUUCCGGCCAUAGGACGGUUUCUCAUCGUCGUCACAUUUCUCGAAGACGCUCUCCGGAUCAUCACGCAAUGGGGCGAUCAGCUCACCUAUCUCAGGGAUUUCAGACACAUCCCUUGGGGAAUCACGCAUCUAUUCCUGAUCUUCAACGUUAUCGUCAUGUCUUCAUGCUCGACCUUGGUCAUCAUGCGCCGCUACAGUGAAUAUGCCGUCGGCGGCCUCCUCGCCGUCGUGGUCGUCCAAGCUCUCGGCUACGGGUUGAUUUUCGACCUCAACUUCUUCCUCCGCAACCUUUCCGUCAUCGGUGGCCUCCUCAUGGUUCUGGGAGACAGCUUUGUCAAGAAAAGCCGCGUCUUUGCUGGUCUACCGACCAUUGACGAGAAGGACAAGAAGAUGUACAUCCAACUCGGUGGACGAGUCCUCCUCAUCUUCCUCUUCAUCGGAUUCGUCUUCGCCGGAGACUGGAGCAUCUGGCGAGUCUUGGUCAUUCUGGUGGGUUUCGUUGCCUGUGUCAUGGUGGUUGUUGGCUUCAAGGCCAAGCUCAGUGCCAUCAUCUUGGUUCUACUUCUCAGCAUAUUCAACGUCCUCGUCAACAACUUCUGGACGCUGCACAAAAACCACCCUCACAAGGACUUCGCCAAGUACGACUUCUUCCAGAUUCUUUCCAUUAUGGGUGGACUUUUGCUUUUGGUCAACAUGGGACCUGGUCAACUGAGUGUCGACGAGAAGAAGAAGGUCUACUAA